UUGUUCCCUGGCACGUCCAAGGAAGCGGAGGAUCGUCGUCUCGAUCAGAAACGAUGGCCACGCAACAACGACGGGAGAAGUCCCGGGUAUCAAGUCGGAAGAAAGGGUCUUCGCGCCGAGCGGCGAAGGAUAACUACUUCGACAUUCAAAGCUUUGGCGACGACGAUGCGUCGCACGGGAUGCUGCAGGCCGACCUUCGGCGCAGCGUGAUGCGCCUGGACAAUGGCCAGAAUGGCGGCGUAUUUGAACGUCUUCAGCGGCUCCUUGGGUUUCAACCAGCGAGCGUGCGAAACCAAAAGGAGCACAUGGCCGUGCUGCUCGCGAACAAGCAGUUUCGUUUGGCCCAGAAGGGGUGCGCGGACCCGCCCGGCGACGCGCUCAAGCAGCUCCACAAGCAAGUGUUCUUGAACUACACGAAGUGGUGCCGCUUUCUAAGCAUCAAGCCCAAGUGGGUGUCGGACCUGGAAACGCAGGCUGCGCUGUUCUUCCUCAUCUGGGGGGAAGCCGGCAACCUGCGCUUCAUGCCCGAGUGUCUGUGCUUCUUGUACCACCAAAUGGCGACCCGUCUGGAAAAGCUCGAUACGGCGCAUCAAAAGCCCGAGUUUGCCCCGGCGGACAAUGCGUUCUUGAACUUUGUGGUCAAGCCCAUGUACACGGUCGUGGCCAAAAUGAACCCGAGCCUGCAGAAGAAGAAGUCCAAGAUUUCGCCUCUGGACCACAAGAACGUCACCAACUACGACGACGUGAACGAGUUCUUCUGGAAGCCAGAGUGUCUCCGCUUUGACGAGACCAACGUCGCGCGCGCGUUCGAGCACCGCGAGGCCAAGACGUUCAAGGAGCGCCGGUCGCUUCUGAACCCAUUCCUGGCGUUCUACCGCAUCUUCUUCUUCCUCCUCGUCAUGCUCCAUGUGCUCAUUGCGAUCUCGUACGUGGCCGUGAAGAGCCGCAGCGAAAAGACCAAGGGGUUCGAAAUGUACAACAACAUGUUCAGUUCGAGUAUCUCGAACCUGCGCAACCAGGCCUUCCUCAGCGUCGGCAUUACGUACGCCGGGCUGUCCGUGUUCAAGGUCAUUUUGCAGGUGUGGAUCGACGGCGUGCUCAUCUUUAGCCACAAGGCGUACGCGGCCGCGUUGUACUGCCGCAUAAUGUGGCACGCGGCCUUCCUGGGGGUGUUUACUUGCUUUGUGACGUCGCCAAACGAAAAGGUUCCCGUUCUGAACCAGACGUUUCUGCAGUCUGGCGCCAUGAUCACGGGCAUUUACGCGCUCCCGGUCGUGGUCGCGGCGCUGCUGACCAUGUGCAAGAGCGUCACGGCCAAGUGGUCGUGGCUAAACGUGCUCCAGGGCACCCGCGACCAGUACAUUGGCCGCGAUAUGGGCCAAAAGUUGGGCGAUUUUGCCAAGUACAGCGUGUUUUGGGGGCUGCUGUUUGGGCUCAAGUUCCUCUUCAAUAUUGAACUCAUGAUCCGCCCGCUUGUGAUUCCCAGCAUCGAACUGUUCGACUUGGACGUGGUCGAGAAAAAAGGACUGGUGCCGGGGUAUCACAAUCUCGCGUUUAUCAUUGCGUUGUGGGCGCCCAUGAUUUUGGUGUACAUGUACGACACCCAGAUUUGGCUCGCCAUCUUCCAAUCGAUUGUCGGGGGUUAUAUGGGUAUCCGGAUGAAAAUCGGGCACUCGUCGCGCGUGAACCAGUUUAUGGCCCGCCUCAAGGGCGCGCCAUCGCUGUUUGACAAGAAGAUUGUGUCGUCGGUGGCGCGCGGGAUUCUGACGGGCGGCGACGCCAAGCUGAGCUCCCCAGAGACCCAGGCGCGGCUGCGGUUCUCGGUGGUCUGGAACGAGUGUGUGAGCAGCUUUCGGCUAUCGGACCUGAUUGAUCACCGCGAGUCGGCCAUCUUGCAGUACCAGAUUUCGUCAUCUGGGCAGGUGGAUGACCCGAUCUUUUUGCUGGCGGGCAAGGCGUCGACGGCGUGCGACGUGAUUGGGAAGGCUGGCAAGUGGAGCUCCAAGCUGCAAAAGACGCUCGAGAAGGAUGGGCUGUUGGACGUGGCCGCCAACUCUGCGCAGCUGGGGAUGCAAAUCCUGCAGAAAUUGCUCGGGAACGACGACUCUGCGCUGGACGUGCUCUCAUUUGUACUGGACAACCCCCGCGAAGCCCUGCAACGAGCCAACAUGACCCACGUGCCCCAGUUGCGCGAGAACGUGGUGGAUCUGCUGGCGUGUCUGCUCGACAUGCCCGAGCCGUCCGACGACAACGGCGGCGUCGAAGUCCUCCGGGAACUCGUGGUCGUCGUGACGGAGCGCGUGCAGCAUCUGUUUGCGACGCUCGAGCAGGUGCUGCCUAUCGAUUGGGUGGUGCAGAAGCUGCAGACGUCGGCAUUUAUCCGGUCGAGUCCGGAUAAAUCAUACCAGCUGCACCUGAUGGCGGCGCUGUUUGCAGAUGACGACGCGGACGACGGUGCCCGGGUGUCGACGGGGUCGGCGGACAGCACCAUGGCGUUCUGCACGCGGCUGUUCUUUUUGCUCACACUCGACAUUGCCGACGCGUUGCCGCGGUGUGCCGAGGCGCAGCGUCGCAUGAGUUUCUUCCUCAACUCGCUAAAUAUGGCGAUGGCCCAAGUGGACGCGAUCCAGUCGAUGCAGUCAUUCUCUGUGGUCACACCCUACUACAACGAACCAGUGUUGUACUCACUGGAAGAAUUGAACGGCCGGGUGGACUUGAACCCGUUGUUUCGCAAAGUCGAAGAGAAGGCGACCAAGAACAAGGUGGGCCGCGCCGACUUAAGCAUUUUGAAGUACCUGAUCACGCUGCACCCGGAAGAAUGGGAGAACUUUCUGGAGCGAAUGAACGCGACGACGAUGGACGAAGCGCUGGUGAUGUCUCCCAUCCAGGUGCGGCUGUGGGCGUCCAUGCGCGGGCAGACGCUGGCGCGCACGGUCCACGGCAUGAUGCUGUACGAGGACGCCAUCAAGAUGCUGCGGUGGCUCGAGAUUGGCAGCGACCAAGCGAUCUCCCACGACAACAAGAUCCAGCAGAUGGAGCACAUUGUCGGCAUGAAGUUUUCGUACAUUACGUCGUGCCAGAUGUACUCUGAGCAGUGCCAGCAGAACGACCCCCGCGCCGCCGACAUUGACCUGCUCAUGCGCAAGUACACCAACUGGCGCGUGAGCUUCGUGGAGGCGGUGGAUGGCGACCGGUUCGACUGCGUGCUCGUCAAGUCGGACGGCGACGAGAUUGUCGAAGUGUACCGGUACGAGCUGCCGGGGCACCCGAUUGUGGGCGAAGGCAAGCCCGAGAAUCAGAACAUUGCGCUGCCAUUCACCCGCGGCGAGUACCUCCAAACCAUCGACAUGAACCAGGAGCACUACUUUGAGGAAGCGUUGAAGAUGCCCAAUUUUUUGGCGUCGGGCCGCGGCGCGCAGAUCAUCGGCAUGAAGGAGCACAUUUUCACGGCCAAGGCUUCGUCUCUGGCGCGGUUCAUGACGCUGCAGGAGCUCGUGUUUGUGAGUCUGACGCAGCGCGUGAUGGCGAAUCCCCUGCAAACGCGCAUGCAUUACGGGCACCCGGAUGUGUUUGAUAAGCUGUACAUCAUGACCAACGGCGGCGUGUCCAAAGCAUCCAAGGGCAUCAACCUGAGCGAAGAUGUGUUUGCUGGGUACAACUGCGCUCUGCGGGGCGGAAAGGUCAUCCACUUGGAGUUUAUGCAGUGCGGCAAGGGGCGCGAUGUGACUCUGAGCCAGAUCAAUGCAUUUGAAGCCAAGUUGGCCAACGGCAGCGCCGAGAGCUCCCUCGCCCGCGACGCCCAUCGCAUGGGCACGGGUAUGGACUUCUUCCGCCUCAACGCCAUGUACUAUUCGCACAUGGGGUUUUACAUUGCCAACUUUAUGACGGUCGUGUGUGUGUACGUGUACGCGUACUCGAAACUGUACGUGGCCCUGCACCCAGAGGUGCAGCUCGAAGUGAUCAAGGUGUCGGCCGACUUUGACAACCUCGCCCAAGUACUCAACACGCAGUUUAUCUUUCAGUUUGGGAUGCUCAUGACGAUCCCCCUCAUGGCGACGCUUGUGGUCGAGAUGGGGAUCCGCCAAGCAGUACUCAACUUUUUGGAGCUCCUGAUCACGCUCGGGCCCGUGUUUUACAUUUUUGAGACGGGGACCAAGGCGCAUUUCUAUGACGUGGCAAUCCAGCGAGGGGGGUCCAAGUACCGCGGCACGGGGCGCGGGUUUGCGAUCACGCGCAGCACGUUUGUGAGCUUCUUCAAGGAGUACGCGGCUUCACAUUACCGCAAGGCACUGGAGCUCAUGGCGCUCACCGUGUUGUUUGGCGUGUACGGGACCUUUGACUUUGGCGUGGGCGCGUACAAAGAGUACUGCUAUCCCAACGCUGUGUGUGUGGACAACGUGCCGCUGUACAUUGAAAACCUUAACUCGUUCUCGGACAAGCCGCAGUCGUACGGCGCUGCGUCGUUUGCCGUGUGGCUGCUGGUUGUGUGCUGGAUGAUGGCGCCAUUCCUGUUCAACACGGAUGGCUUUGACUUUAGCAAGACACGGGUGGACGUGGCCAACUGGUUUGCAUGGCUCGCGACGAGCCCGUCGUCGGACGACUUGAGCGUCGAGUCGGACUCGUGGCUGGCGUGGUGGAAGUCGGAAACCGACUUGUACAAGAACAUCUCGUGGACGUCCCGCGUGUCGUAUGCCCUGCGCGAGUUUCGCCAUGUGCUGGUGGUGUACUACAUCUUUACGCGGGACUUCGAGCCCAAGGACUCGUGGCUGCUGCUAGCCGCGACGGGCGCGAUCGCCAUCGCCCUCUGGGUCGUCGGGUCUAUCUCGACAAUGUGUUUUGGCAACAAGGGCCGCAUGUACAGAGGCAUGUUGUACGUGUUUGUGGCCGUGGGCGGGUCCAUUGGCGGCAUCAUCUUGCUUGGGGUGCUCUUCAACUGGGGCACGAUCGGGUCGAAGCACUACAGCUUCUUCUUUUCUACGUUUGCAGGGCUGUACACGAUCCUCCAGUACUUUGUCUUGUUGAACGGAGUGCUGGGGCUGCCACUGUCCAAGUGGGGCCUCGUCCAGCAACUGGGGUACCUCUUUGACGCGUUGCUGGGCGCGUUGCUGCUGAUCCCGCUCGUCGUGCUCUCCGCCAUCCCGUUCAUGGCGACCAUCCAGACCCGCAUGAUGUACAACGAAGGCUUCUCCAAGGCUCUGUCCACGGGCGGCGAGUACGCGGCGACCAUCAGCAUGUUUACUGGUAUCUUUGGUGGGUUCACGCACGGAUGGCUCACGUGCGCGGCCUUCUCGCUCGGGUACAUCAACGAACACAGCUUCAACAUGGUCAACCAGUCGUUCAAGUACUUUUUGGAGGCGGACUUGCCCAAGGGGUCGUCGCUGUCGGCCGAGUUUCUCAAGGCGAAUCUGUCCAUGUUUGGCGGGAUCGCGUCCCUGGUGGGGGUCGCGCUCGCAUGUUUGCUGUGCUUUGCGCUGGGGCGCCGCCUCUCGAUCAUCGUGUCGGGCGUGGUGGCGCUGGGGGGCGUCGCGGUGUUGGCGGCGUCGUCCACGUCGGGCAUGCUGGUCGUGGUGGGUCUGUGCGUGGCCUCUGGCGGAGUUGCCAUGCUCGGCAUCUGCGUGUGCCUGUACAACUAUGAGAUUUGCACGCAAGACUGGAAGUGCAAGUCGAUUGUCAUGUUUGUGUUUGGCAGUGCGAUCGGGUACUUCGUCGAGUCGCUGCUGCUGUACAAGAUGAACUAUGCGCAGCUGGACGAAGACUGGAGCUCCAAGCCGUCGAACGUGUGGCGCACCCACUUUAUCUACGGCGCGGUGCCGCUGCUCCCGCUCGUCCUCGGCGCCUUCUUCCUCCCAGAGAGCCCCGUGUGGCUGUACCGCCGAAAGCAAAAGAAGGCGGCCGAAGCCACCCUCGUCCGCCUCCGCCAAAAGCACGAUGUGCUCGUGGAACUGGACGACUUGAAGCUGUCCAUCUGGCCCAAGGACGCGCCCAGCAUGCCGGUCCGCGUGGUGCUGACGGUGGCGCUGCAGAUCAUGUACGGCAUCGCCAUGUCCAACUCGAUCCUGCGCCGCGUGUCGGUGCAAGUGGCGCAUAAUGGCGAGGGAUUGCCGGCAUCCCCUUGGCAGUGGCGGUUUGGGCUCAUGCUCCUGCUGGGGACGAUGAUCGGGCUGUUCAGUAUCGACGGACUCCGGCGCAAGACGCUGCUCAAGGACAUUUUGCCCAUCGUGGCUGGUAUGGCCAUUGCUGCGCUGGCGCUAGACAAGAUCAAGUCGAGCGUGGCCAGUUCGUUUCUGGACGUGGUGCUGUUUGUGUUGUACUUUACGGUCGCGUUUAGCUUGGCCACGUGUACGUGGCUGACUGCGAUUGAGCUUUUCCCCGCGGGCUGCCAGCUGCGCUUUGUUGCGGUGUCGUUUAUGGCGUAUUACGGUGCGCAGACGGUCGUGUUUGCAUUGCGUCCGUCGUUCCUAGUGUGCAACAUUGCGCUGGCGGUACUGGCGCUGGUCGUGACGGCGUUCCUGCUGCUGUUUUGCGCGAGUAACCAGCACGGCGCGAUCCAGCUCAAGCGGGAAAAGGUGAGCGAGCGAGCGGCCAUCAAGGCCCAGGAGGACGACGACGCGGCCAACGCUAGAACGUCGCGGUCGCACUCGUUUUUGCGCGCGCGGGGCGGAUCCACACGGCGGUCGUCCAUCAAGACGCCCCUCGGUCAAGACGAGUACAAGGCGUUUGAGUCCCCCCACAACAGCAUGGCGCCGCAGACCAAGCACCACCAGCGUCGCCAUGCCUAACAUUUCUAAUCCAUAUAUCCUACUAAUACUUUGAAGUAUUCAAUCGAACUAGUAACGUAAAAGUCCAAUUUAAGGU